CUCUUAUGCAAUCAACUGUUUGGACCUUUCUCUUCAGAGUAAUUUCUUAUACCGACUAUUGCUGUUGGGAUGAAGUUUUGCAGCUUUGGAGUCCUUGUAGCCAUCAUCCUCUCCUGUGAGCAGCAUGUCUUCACGUUCCAGAGUGGCCAGGUUUUAUCUGCUCUUCCUAGAACCUCUAGGCAAGUUCAAGUUCUGCAGAAUCUUACUACAACAUACGAGAUUGUUCUCUGGCAGCCAGUAACAGCUGAUAUUAUUGAGAAGAAAAAAGAAGUCCACUUUUUUGUGAACGCAUCUGAUGUAAGCAAUGUGAAAGCCCAUUUAAAUGUGAACAGCAUUGUAUUCAGAGUCUUGCUGGAAGAUGUGGAAGCUAGUAUUCAACAGCAGAUCUCCAACAACACGGUCAACCCCCGGGCCUCCUCAUCAUACUAUGAACAGUAUCACUCGCUAGAUGAAAUUUAUUCUUGGAUAGAAUACAUGACUGAGAAGUAUCCUGAUAUGGUUAAAAAAAUCCACAUUGGAUCCUCAUAUGAGAAGCAUCCACUUUACGUUUUAAAGGUUUCUGGAAAAGAACAAAAAGCCAAAAAUGCAAUAUGGAUUGACUGUGGAAUCCAUGCCAGAGAGUGGAUCUCUCCUGCUUUCUGCUUGUGGUUCGUAGGCAGCGUAACCUAUUUAUAUGGAAUAAAUGAGAGGUCUACCAAUCUUCUGAAUAACGUGGAUUUCUAUGUUAUGCCACUGAUUAAUGUGGAUGGUUAUGACUACACAUGGAAAAAGGAUCGAAUGUGGAGAAAGAACCGUUCUCUCCAUGGGAACAAUGGCUGCAUUGGAACAGACCUGAAUAGGAACUUUGCUUCCAAACACUGGUGUGAGGAAGGCGCAUCAAGUUUUUCAUGCUCAGAAAUCUAUUGUGGACCUUAUCCUGAGUCAGAACCAGAAGCACAGGCGGUGGCUAAUUUCCUGAGAAGAAAUAUUGACCACAUUAAAGCUUAUAUCAGCAUGCAUUCAUACUCCCAGAAGAUAGUGUUUCCAUAUUCCUACAGCAAAAUCAAAAGCAAAGACCAUGAGGAGCUGUCUCUAGUGGCCAGUGAAGCAGUUCGUGCUAUUAAGAAUGUUCACAAAAAUAUAAGGUAUACAUAUGGCAGUGGCUCAGAAAGUAUAUACCUAGCUCCUGGAGGUUCAGAUGAUUGGAUCUAUGAUUUGGGCGUCAAGUAUUCGUUUACAAUUGAACUUCGAGAUACAGGCAAUCAUGGAUUCUUGUUGCCACAGAGUUACAUCAGGCCUACUUGUGAAGAAGCUCGAGCGGCUGUUUCUGAAAUAGCUUGGCAUGUCAUUAGGAAUGUUUAAUGCCCUUGAUUUAAUCAUUCUCCUUUCAUAUUUUAAUUUAUUAAUUCCAGCAAGACCAAAUCCCAAAAUCAUCUUAUCAAUUUUAUCAAUAGUUCUGAUGAAAUAUUUCUCUAUUCCUUGGUUUUGUUAAAGAUCAAUAAGUGCUCGUUUGAAAUUAAGGCAGAAGAGCCUUCAUGUCUUUUUAUCAUUUUUUAUUUUUUGUUUUGUGAGAGGCUAGUUACUGUUUUUUCCCUUUGAUUUCCAACGUUGGAUUAGGUUGUCUCAAGCAAUUUCAAUAACCUGUUGGCUCCUAAGCAACCAAAGGAAAGGUGGUAUGGAGUACAUUGAAGAUUUCUGCUCCAAAUUUUCAAUAAAUUUCUGCUUGCGCCUUUAAAAACACGACUGUGCAUUUCGUUUGCUUUACAGAAAUAGGCGAAGGUGGAGAAAGGGGAGGAGUGUCAAAAACUACAAACACUGCCUCUCACUCCAGGUCAGAUACUCAAUAAACACUGUUUAGCAAAUGAAUGAAUGGGUGCAGUCAUUUUCGACAACAAAUGUGGCAUUUUGUGCAUCUGC